AUGAAGACGUUCAUUAACACUUCUCAAAACACGGGCUUUGUUCUUAUUACGUUUACGUUCAUAAUCCUUUUUUCAAUCUUGGUCACGUUGAUCGAUGGUCUCAGUAGUUCUUUUACUCUCUAUUACGGGCAAGACGAAUUUUACAUUGCCCAGAAGUUUCGUAGUGUAUCACGAAAUUAUCAGUAUUAG